AUGAGAAGUCCUCAAGGGAUAUUUGCCAGGCGAUCCUGGUCCUGCAUCCAAUGCAGAGCCUUUUCCUCUUCUCCGGCUACUCGGGCACCUAAUUCGAAGAACAAACUACCAAAUGGCCCUGCGCGCACGCGUUUUGCGCCCUCACCCACCGGAUACCUCCAUCUAGGCUCUCUACGGACAGCACUCUUCAACUAUUUGCUGGCAAAACGCACCGGUGGUCAAUUCCUGUUGCGAAUUGAGGACACUGACCAGAAACGGACGAUUCCCGGGGCAGAACAGCGACUUUACGACGAUCUACAAUGGGCAGGAUUAAAUUGGGAUGAAGGUCCCGUCGUUGGUGGCCCCUACGGACCUUAUAGACAAUCCGAACGAACAGCUUUAUACAAGUCCCAUGCCAAUGACCUUAUCUCUAAUGGACAUGCAUACCGAUGCUUCUGCUCCGCAGAACGAUUGGAUUCGAUCGCCCGUCACCGCAGCCAGGCAGGACUGCCGCCUGGCUAUGACCGAAAAUGUGGCGAUGUAUCUGCCGAAGAAUCGGAAGAUCGAGCAGCCAAGGGGGAGGCACACAUUAUUCGAUUGAAAGUGGAUGAAUACCCCAUGUUCAAUGAUCUGGUUUAUGGCAAAUCUGGUCAGAAUCGGCCAAACAACUCGAAGUUGGAUUUCAUCGACCGUGUAUACAAUGACCCAGUUCUUAUCAAAUCGGACGGACAUCCCACGUACCACUUGGCAAAUGUCGUGGAUGAUCACUGCAUGAAGAUCACGCAUGUUAUCCGAGGAACAGAAUGGAUGGCAUCUACACCUAUGCACAUGGCGCUAUACAAUGCCUUCAAGUGGACGCCGCCAAGCUUUGCUCAUGUCCCUUUGCUCGUCGACCGGAAUGGACAAAAGCUCAGCAAGCGCAACGCAGAUAUUGACCUCUCGUCAUUCAAGGAUAAGCAAGGGAUCUUCCCAGCCACCUUGGUAAACUUUGCUUCGCUCCUAGGCUGGUCGCAUUCCGAAAAGUCUGAUGUGCUAAGUCUGAAGGAGCUGGAACAAAUUUUCAAUUUGAAAAUCACUCGAGGCAACACUGUCGUGUCUUUUGAAAAACUCCAGUUCCUCCAGAAGGCACACAUCCAACGCCUGGUCAAAAGCGGCAGCCCCGAGUUCGACGAAAUGGUAAAGAAGGUGACCUCGGUGGUGGAAGAAAGCCACCCCCUCGACAAACUUACCACGAUCCUCAAAGGUCGCACUCUCCCUGAAUACAUCGCGCCCCUCAUCCGCGCAGAUGUCAACAGCUACACAGAUGCAAAGGAGUUUGCCCAGCGCAACUCCGUCUUCUUUACCCCAAAACUCGACAGACCCCCUUACAAACCGGUCUCACCCCAAUCCUCCCCGGAAGUCCCAAUCCAAGCCCUGCACACCGCAGCAGCCGCUUUAACCCUCGUCCCAUCCGCACUCUGGAAUAUUGAAACGCACCGCGAUAACAUUAACAGCUACGAUGGUGCGGAAAGCAUAAUCAUUUCCGCGUCUGAGUCAGAUACACCCGUCGACUUUAAGAACGCAGGCAAAAUAUUCAAGAAGGAGCUGUAUCAUUACCUCCGUUGGGCACUGUCGGCCUCUGCGCCUGGGCCUGGAAUCUCAGAGACUAUGGUAGUUCUCGGGAGAGAUGAGACACUUCGCCGAGUGCAGGAUGCCAAGGCGUUGACACAGUCCUUGGUUCCUUCUGCUGGUCGGAGAGUUCCUAAGGGAACUUUGCCUGAGGAUCAGAGUUGGAUGGGGAGCCUCGCGACUAACCGGUAA